AUGAGAGAGUAGCUAGCAUGCACGGACAAUUAAUGUAAAUGGCGCCUUUCACAAGGAAAAUAUAUCAGCGUUUGCUGUUCAUUGUCGUUUUUCUUCCAAUCUCAGGUGUUUUAUGCUUUAGUGAGUUAUUUUUCAUCAAGGAGCCCCGUGAUGUCACUGUCAUGCGAAAAGAAGCUGUUAUUUUGGACUGUCAGGCGCAUGGAGAGGCACCCAUUGAUGUCAGAUGGCUCAAGAAUGGAGUGAAAGUGGUGGAGAAUGAACGGGUGUACCUGCUCUCCAAUGCCUCCCUUUAUAUUUCCGAAGUGGAGAGCAGAAGAGGAGACAAAUCAGAUGAAGGGUUCUAUCAGUGCCUCGCUCAGAACAAGUAUGGAACAAUCCUGAGCCAGAAAGCCCGUCUUACAAUCGCAAGUAUCUACUCUUUUGCAAUCCAGCCAACAUCCAUAGUGGUAACUGAAGGUUCAGUCGCCAGGUUUUCCUGCAAAAUCAGUGCCCACCCUCCUCCCAUAAUCACUUGGGAGCUCAAUCGAGUCACUUUACCCCUUGCCACUGAAAGAAUCACAGUCCUGCCCAGUGGUGUCCUUCAGAUACAUGGAGUGCAGCGGGCAGAUGCUGGAAAUUACCGAUGCAUCGCUACCAACAUUGCCAGUCGCCGCCGAAGCACGGAGGCCACCCUCACUGUCACCCCAGCUCCCAGCCCCCAGCUUCCCCAGAGGCCACGCAUCAUCGCUGGGCCACAGAACAUUUCAGUGUCACUGCACCAGAGUGCCAUCCUGGAGUGCAUGGCCACAGGCAAACCCCGACCCAUCAUCUCCUGGAGCCGAGCGGACAGCAAGUCCAUUGAUGUUUACAACACCAAAGUGUUGGGAAAUGGCAACCUCAUUAUCACAGACAUCAAGCCUCAGCAUGGAGGAGUCUAUAUGUGCAGAGCCACCACUCCUGGCACACGAAACUACACUGUUGCCACAGCCAAUGUCACUGUUUUAGCACCACCGUCCUUGGUUGAGUGGCCAGAAAGCCUGACGCGUCCCCGUGCUGGCACUGCCCGCUUUGUGUGCCAAGCUGAAGGAGUUCCAACACCUCAAAUCACUUGGCUCAAGAACGGAGAGAAAGUUCACUCCAAUGGUCGAAUCAAGAUGUACAACAGCAAACUGGUGAUCAACCAGAUCAUCCCUGAGGACGAUGCCAUCUAUCAGUGCCAGGCAGAGAACGAGCAAGGAUCAGUCAUAUCCAUGGCGAGGCUCAUUGUGGUGAUGUCGGAGGACCGGCCAAGUGCACCCAGGAAUAUCCAAGCUGACACAGUGUCGAGCUCUGCCAUCCUCCUGGCCUGGGAGAGGCCUCUGUAUAACUCAGAUAAAGUUAUUGCUUACUCAGUGCACUACAUGAAGGCUGAAGGAUUGAACAAUGAGGAAUAUCAAGUUGUCAUUGGAAACGAUACAACUCGCUACAUUAUUGAUGACCUCGAGCCAGCUCGCAACUACACCUUCUAUGUUGUUGCCUACAUGCCCAUGGGAGCCAGUCGUAUGUCGGACCACGUGUUCCAGCACACGCUCGAAGAUGUUCCUCUCCGCGCCCCUGAGCUCAGCCUCACCAGCCGUAGCCCCACAGACAUCCAGGUUUCUUGGCAGCCUCUCCCAGACAAGCUGAGUCGCGGCCGAGUGUCUGGCUAUCGUUUGUCCUAUCGCACCAGUGCUGAGAGUACAGUCUCACAGAUGGAGCUACCUGGAGAGAAGACAAAUCAUCUCCUGGAAGACCUGCAGCCUGACACCAUCUACCUUUUGCGUAUUGUUGCUUCCACCAGUGUAGGGUGGGGUGAGCAGUCUGCCUGGACAUCUCACCGCACUCCGAAGGCAUCCAGUGCUCGAGUUCCUCUGGCUCCCGAGCUACAUUUGGAGCCUUUAAACUGCACCACUAUUUUGGUGUCCUGGAAGUUGGCACCCAGAAACUCAGCUGGUGUGCAAGGCUACAGACUUUUUUACCAUGAGGAGAGCCAGCCUGAGAACGCCCCAGUUCAGCUGCGUGCUUCAGAUAAUAGACACACCAUUGGAGGCCUUGACCCAAGGAAGAAGUACCACGUUAAACUUCUGGCUUACAAUUUCAUCGGAGAUGGCUACCAGGCUGACCAGACUAUCAGCACCCCUGGAUGUGUCUCUGUUCGAGAUCGCCUUGUGCCCCCUCCACCACCUCCACACAAUGUGUACUCCAAGACUAACAGUUCAACUGCCGUGUUUUUGCACUGGGGCCGACCAGCCUUCACCUCCAGCCAUGCGAUCAACUACACUGUCCGCUGCAACCCAGUGGGCCUGCAGAACGCCUCGCUCGUGCUCUACCUGCAGACGAGUGAGCAGAACCUCCUGGUGCGGGAUCUGGAGCCAAACACCAAGUAUGAAUUUGCUAUUCGUCUUCACAUUGAUCAGCUGUCCAGCCCCUGGAGCCCUGUGGUCUAUCAGAGCACUUUCCCUGAAGCUCCCAUGAUACCCCCUUCCAACGUGAAAGUGACUUUGAUUGAGGAGGACACUGCGCUUGUUUCAUGGAAACCCCCAGAUGAACCCGACAUAGCUGUCACACACUACACGAUCCUGUACGCCUCCAGAAAUGAAUGGAUAGCUGGGGAAUGGCAAGUGCUGCAAAGAGAAGGGACUAUCACCAUGGCACUGCUGGAGAACCUGAGGCCUGGUCAGGUUUACUUGGUGAAAAUUUCUGCAUCCAACGACAUGGGUGAUGGGCCUUUCUCUCACACACUGGAGCUGACAGUACAGCCAGAUCUCUCAUCCGACCCCCGGCACUCCACAGCCUUAUCUGAUGGUUUCUACCACCUGGACCAAAAAUCAAUGACAGGGAUCACCGUGGGGGUGUGCAUUGCUUUCAUCUGCAUCAUCAUUUGUGCCUUCAUCAUCGUCUGCCGAGGGAAAAACAGGAAAUUUUCAGCUGUUAAAACAUACACAGAAGGAGUGAGCGCCUCUCCCUCGGCUGCAGGACAUCUGGGCUCUGACGGACAAGCUGAGAACGCUGAUGUGGCUGUACCAAUGAUGAAUCAAAACCAUUUCAUCGAUUCCAAGGGAGGAACAAACCUCAUUAUCAAUUCUCUCGGUCCUGUUCAGGCCAGUGCUGAAAAGAAAAAGAAAUGGUUUUCCUUCAGCAAUAAUGUGAAAAAGGACAGUAAAGCAUUACAGAAUAUGAAGCAUGGCACUGCGUCCUACCAGCCAGGCACCACAGUGCUGACCUAUGAGGAGGAGUUGUCUGUCUCUCCAGACCAGCGCACCCCUCUGCAGGCUCUGCUCGGGUGUCCCGGCGACACAGAGGGAUCUUCUAGCAGCGAGGGCAGCCAUGCAACUGGUGACUCAGGUCGUUACUCUCAUGACGAAACGGAGAUGACCAACCUGUCAUCUGGUGCUAGCAGCCGUCCGCCGUCUCUGACAGCGGAGGACAGCAGCGGCUCGGACUGCAGCGACCCUGUUGAAGAGCUGCACGAGCUUUCGGAGGAGAGUCAGACUGACCAGGAGUUAAAGGAGUCAGUUGAGAAAGGCUGCUGUCAUCAUGAAGCCCAGGGCAGUUCUCAGUCUGCACUCUCUCUAAGUGUGUAAGUGUGUGAUGGGAGCAUGUCUGCAAGUGUGUGUGUGUGUGUGUGUGUGUGUGUGUGUGGGGAUGUGGACGUGAAGGCAGUGGUAUACUUUUUUUUUUCACUCCAGAACAGGAACAGUUGGGCCUUUAGGGACAUGUGCUUAUUGCCUUUGUGGCAGGGAGUUUGAUGAGAAGACAAGUACCACUCUGCCAAUCUAUUAAAUAUGAAGCUAUGGCCAGUGACUGGUUAGCUUAGCUUAGUGCAAAGAUUGGAAACAGAUAGAAACAGUUAACCUGGCUCUGCCUGGAGGUGACAAAAUCUGCAUACCAGCAUCAUGAAAAGUCUCUAUUUAACAUGUUAAAUCUCGUUUGUUUAAUCUGUACAAUUUGUUCAUAAAAUGUUGCCAAUCUUCUCAUCCAACUCUCACCAAGAAAGUGUAUUUCCCAAAAUGUCGAACUAUGCCUUCAACUAUGUAGUCGCCACCAAGAGAAAGAAGAAGUAGAGGUGACAAACAAGAAAACAUGACAGAGAAGGGGAGAUAAGGACUAACUCAAUAAGCCGAGCUAAGGCCAGAUCUGAUGCCAGUAUACCACAGGCCUGAAUGUCAGUGUGAGAGUUCAGUAAGCAUGAGAGAGAGGUGUAAAGAAUCAAAGACAGUGACUUUUUUAACAUUUGUCCUCUUUUGUUCCAACCUAGCCAUGUUGGCAGGGAAGGUCAUUUGAUUUCUUUAACUUCUUUCUUUUUCUUUUAAUUGUUUUUUUUUCUCUUAAUUUGUGUAUGUUUUUUAAAAGAAAAAUCUCACCCACCAUGAAUGUUUAAAAAAGAUAGUCAAGAAUGUGAAAAAAGUGACAUUUCUGACAUUAUUUAAGAGAGUUUAUCACUGGAGCGAAAGGGAAAAGUGAGUCCUUUUUGCUGAUUAUCUACCUCGGUUUACCUCUGGGUAAACUUUCCACUGUAUAUUUAACUACUUAUACCUACGUUAUGUGAUAUGCUGCUUCAGUUGCAUUACAUUUUAUACUUCCUGAUGACUUUUUUUACUGAUUGUCAUCCCAUUUUGUCUUUUUCUCUUGCUUUGUUCUGAUUUACUGGAUGGUGAGGGCGCUGCAGCUUUCUCCUCUUGCUCCACCUGUUGUGUGGACUGAAGGAUGUAAAACACAUCUAUUUAUCUCCUCAGAUGUUGCUGAGGUACUGAGUCAGUAUUAAUAAUAUGUUUUGUUCAUUUUGUCCAUUAUUGAGUAAUGGUAUGAAAGAAAUAAUGAAUGUCUACUUUUGCUUUUUUUAUGUCAGUGCGCAGCUGCCCUUGCUAAUCCUGUUUUAUACUACCUCAUUUAAGAAUUUAUUUUAUUGUCUUAUUGUUUUCCUAAACUCAGGGAACAAGGUUUAGUACAUUUGAAAAGUCAUGUAGUGUUACAUGGUGAACUGACAGGGUAUCUUCUCAGUACUAAACUGUUGUAGUGUGUAAUUGCCCACUAGAAUAUGCUAUGAAUGUAUCUCUGACAUUGUGUGCCAGUAGCUCAGAUGUUUGUGCUGCCCUCCUCACAGAUGGACACCCCUUCUGUAGUUUCUCCUCAGGUCCUACAAUGUCUGUUUUUACAACAGACCCUUUUGUUUGUUGAGUUCUUCCUUAUUAUUCGUGUAAAGAUUCACACCAGAAGUGCUUGCAGUGGCAUGUCGGUUUAGAAAAGCUUUAUAAUUGGCCUUAAUGUGGAAAGCAUCCCUCAGAUGCUGAAACCAAAGCCUAAUCUCUCUGAGGGAGAAGCUCCACAUGAGGAUGCAACACAUGAAGAAUGAUUGCAGUAAAAGCAAUGGAAGUGUUUAAUCAGAGAUGAAAGUGAAGAAUUUAAUGAACACCACAAAAAAAAAUCUAUAUUUUUGUUAGAAGAUAUGUACUACUGAGUACACAUUGUAGUUACUUUUGCUCCAAAUAGUUAUUUUGCUUUGCUGUAGAGUAGAUAAAGAUUAGCACUUGUCUGCCAAGUAGUUUUGUAUUAUCAGCCAAUGUGCAGCGGUGACUGACGCUAUUACCCAAAGAGUUGUUUGCUACCUUAUUUUAGCCUCCCGACUAAUCUCUGGCAGAAGGUUACUGAGGAAUGUGAAAUAAUCGAGACACAUUAGACCAAAGAUUAAGCGUGGCCUUGGAGAUCAGUUGAGGCGCUGCUCCUCAAACAAAGCCUUGCACAUUAGUGGCCUUGACCCACGACAAAAGGAGCGUAGAGAGUUGUGGGUUCAAACUCUGAGGAAGUGCCCGCAGGAUUCACAGGCACUUAAUGACGACGGAGUGACAAUUAAUAAUCAGUCUUAUGCACACAAACCAAAUUAUCCUGUUGCAGAGUUCCUCGAAAACUGUUGAACACAGACGUCUGUACAUUGUAGGUGAAAAUAAUAAGAGUUAAAUACAGUAUAUUAUAUUGAUUAGUAGCCUGUGUUGCGACAGUGCAGCCUUGUGUAAAAGUGCACCCACUGACUUUUUGCCUAGCGAAUGAGUGAAAAAUAAUUAACAAAAUAAUUUAGAAGUUUGUAUUUGAGAGAUUUCCUGAUUAGACACAAACUACAUUUUAAACAAGAAAUCUAUUAAGAAUGUGAUUCUGUUAUUCAUUCAUAUUAUUUAAUGUCUUUAUUUUGAAAAAUAUAUCUUUUUAAGAUCUCACAGAUGGAAGUUGUUGCAGUUUUGAAUGAUUUUAUGGCAUAAGAGAGAUUUCAGAAAGGUCAGUGGAUGUACAAAUGUUUUCACAUUGCUGUGUUUUAAUCAGAGGAUUCUACAGAGGAUUCAAUCAUGGGAAAUAUUUGGGAUGAAAAGUGAAACAAUCAGUUUAACUUUCUUUUUGAAAAGCAAACAAUAUAAACCAAAGAAUUUUCUUAAAGGUCACCGUUGCAUAUUGGCAAGAGAUCUGUUUUAAAGCAUCCUAUCUUUGUGUGAGAUGUUGUCAUUUUCAGUGUUUCUCUUACUCGUUUUACAACUGUAUAAUGUGUUGUACUACAAGAAAGCAGAAUGAAAACGUUACUCUUUGUUUCUUAAUCACCAUUUAUUUACACAAAAUCAAGUUUUUGUCUUUUUUAUUUGUCUUUCAAGAUAAAAAUGGAUUUUUGAUAGAGUGGAGUUGUGUUUAUCCUGAAAAGGAUAGACAUUUCCAUUUUAACUUGAACCGUAUAAUGUAUUCAUAUUAUCUGUAUUAGUAGAGCGUCAAGGCCUCAAUCCAGAAUCUGAAAACAGCACUCACCCAAAACACCAUGUCGUGAUAAUUACUCCCACGACUACUUGAGUCAUACAGAUUCUGAUUUGGGCCUUUUUGUAGCUCGUACAGGUACAUAAGUGCUACCUCAGGUUUUUAUUUUUUCAUAUUCUGGUCAUAGGUGCAGAUGCAAUUCACUUGGGUCGUUCUUGUCUGUGAGACUGAGGUCAAGAUGUAACAAGUACACAGAGAGGACCCAGGAUGUUGUGCUGCUGCCUUUCAUCUCAUGAAUGGUGUUAUGUUGGAAUUACGUUCCUGUCCGAGCAUGUGAAUUUAAAGGGAUAAAACACAGAGUCUGGUCUGCGAAUGAACAGAUCUGCUCUUCAGUGUCCCUUUUGCAGUAAUGUUGUGUUUAAAUAAUGUGCGGUGGAGCGCUGCGGGUCAUUUACAGUCAAACUCAGGGGGACCCGCAGCUGCUCCUCCUCAAAGAGAAAGCAGGUGUCAACUCUUGAAAAUUGAAUGUACCUUUUUGUAAUUAUGUUUUUUUUUGAUUAUUUCUGUUAAUGUUUUGUUAUAUUUUGUAAGUUUGUCUUUGUCUGCAAAAUUACUUGCAAGUUGGUUUUUGCCAAAAAAUGUUUAGAUAGGAGAUUUUAGACAGUAGUUAAUUAUGAAAAAAUCUGAUUCUCAGUUUAAAUAAUAAAGUGCAAAAAAUUGAAAAAAAAAAAACAA